AUGUCAUUGAGUAAGCUAUGGGAUGGAUUGAAUGAAUCCUUUGAUUGUCUUUCUUCUCAUUUCCAUUCUCUCUCACCAAACACACAGAAAUUCGUGAUCACUUCGGCGGGCCUUGUCACCGCCUAUUUUGCCACUCAUUGUGUCAAAGACUAUUUGCACAAACAACGCCUUCAUGAAAUCGUUGAAAAACGACAAACUGAACGAAAUGAAAGCCUCAGGCGUGCAGACGAAUUUUCGAGAAAAAUCACGGAAGCGAGAAGAAAUCAAAUCUCAAAUAUGGAUUUUGAUACAUUGCUGGCGGCCUUAAAGAGCGGAGAAGUGAAGCCAACAGAGGCUCUGCACACAUACCAAUGGAAAGCAUUACAAGCACACAAAAGAACAAAUUGCAUUACGCUUUUUAUUAAGGAAGCUGAUGAUUGGGCAUUGCAACUUGAAAAAUCCCCGCCAGAGCCCCGUCCCCCACUUUAUGGAAUGCCGAUGUCUUUGAAGGAAUGCGUACCGGUCAAAGGAUACGAUGUGACUAGAGGCUAUGUGAAUGAGUGUUUUAUGCCAAGCGAAAGAGAUUGCGUCAUGGUUGAGCAAAUCAAAGCCUUGGGCGGGAUUCCAUUUGUUCAGACAAAUGUUCCCCAAUGUCUUCUUGCCUAUUCAUGCUACAAUCCGAUUUAUGGAACCACCAAUCAUCAAGAUCAUAAAGAUCGAACAUCUGGCGGUUCAUCAGGCGGAGAAUCGGCGUUGAUUGGAGCUGGUGGUUCUCUUUUGGGAAUUGGCGGGGAUGUCGGAGGAAGUAUUCGCUUCCCAUGUCAUUUUUGUGGAAUCGCUGGAAUUAAGCCAUCUCACAUUCGUUUCUCACAUCGUGGAGUGCAGGGUUCAGUUCCCGGUCGUCCAUUAAUCAAUGCAAGUGAUGGACCGAUGGCACCUGAUGUUCACACUUGUGUCGAGUUCUUGAAAGCGACUUGGUCGAGCCAUUUCAUCCAUGAACGAGAUCCCUACACCGCUCCUGUAACUUGGAAUGACAAACAUUUCACCAAAGGAAAUCACUUCACGAUUGGCUAUUAUUUGGACGAUGGAUGGUUCACUCCAACUCCCGCUUUGCAAAGGGCCGUUCUUGAAUCGAAAAAGAUUCUCGAAUCACAGGGGCAUGUUUUGGUCCCGUUCAAGCCACCGAGAAUCAAAGAAGCCAUUGCAAUGUUCAUCGGAGCCGUUUCAGUGGACGGAGGACGCUAUCUUUUGGAACAUAUUGGAAAUGACUUGAUGGAUCCUCGCUACAAGAGCCUACUCGGACUCUACAAGCUCCCCUUCUUUAUUCAAGAUAUCCUUCGUUUCCUCGUUCAACCAAUUUAUCCUCGUUUGGCUCAUGCACUUACAGCAAUGCCAAGAAAUACAUCAGAGUUGAGAAAGAAAUAUGAAGCAAUCGAACAAUAUCGUUAUGAGUACAUUGAAGAAAUGCAGAAACUGGGACUUGACGCAAUUCUUUGUCCCGUUACGGUGACCCCAGCUCCUCAUCACGAAGUGCCAGUGAAGCUCUUUGCUGUUGUUUCAUACACUGGAGUCUUCAAUCUUCUCGAUUUUGCCGCCGGAACGGUGCCUGUCACUCAAGUUACAAAGGCUGACGAUGACGCUUUGGCUGGCUAUCCGACAAUCGAUCCAUGGUAUCGACUUGCAAAAGAGACAACAAAGGGUGCAAUCGGUUUGUCGGUCGGUGUUCAGGUGGCAGCUCCUCCAUUCCGCGAAGAAGUCGUUCUACGGAUCAUGCAAGAUCUCGAGAAUCACCAUAAACACACUGAUUAU